AUGAAGAGACCAUUUUUAAACAGAGGAUUGAAUGAUGUUGAAUAAAUUUCACUUACAACCACAAUGAUCACAAUUUAUUGCGGGCUAUUUUUCUUAACUUCAAAAAAUAAGAAUGCGCUAGAUUUUGACCCAAACAAAGACUUCACUAUUGAUGAGAGAGGCCAGUAAUGUUUAGAGAAAAUUAUCCUAAACUAUAUGCUGCUGUAUGUCUUUGCUGUAGGCAAGAUAAAUUAGAUAAAGCAGAUGCCAUAUAGAUAUGACUCCUAAAAAAAGUUCCUAUAAUAUAGAAGGAAGAAUUUAGAGAGGAAAUUUGAGCAAAGAUAAAAAUCUGAAUUUCAAAGUGCCAAUUAAUUGUUUGUCGAUUUUGAUUUUUCUAUCCCAAGCCGUAAUUAUCCAGCAAUAGCUCCAAGAAUAAGAAUUAAAAAAGUGAAAGGAAAACCAUUUAUUCCUGGUGCUUUCUCAGAUACUUCAAAAAUGGAUUUCGGGGAUUAAUCAUCUGCUUUAGAAAACAGUAGUCAUCAUAUAAUGAAAUCAAACAAAGAAAAGUACCUUAGUUCCAGAAAGUCCUUGCACACUAAUGAGUAAAGUGAGAAUUCAGAGAGAGAUAUUUUGCCUUAACAACAGCAAUAGAAAGAAAUUAAAAAAUCGAAAAACUUUAAUGAUCCGAAAUCAAUAAACAGAGGUCGAAUCAACAAUUAGCAAGAUGAAUUUGAGCUUGAUGAUACUAGUUAUGAAAAUUCAAUGAUGUCGAGCAAGCUUUUAAAAAAUAGGAAAAUCAUAUAACAAAAUAACCUUACAAAAUUCAAAAUUAAUUUCAACCAGCAUAUUAGUAUAAAUCCGAUAAAGAUAUCUGAGGAAAUGCUAGAUGAAUCUUAAAUGCCUCGCUAUAUAAUGAAUCUGAAUAAUAUAUCACCAUUAAACAUUAAAAAUCUGAACGAAUCUCCCAAAUCUCAGAAGAAAGUAUUCUUUUCUUAGCUAUAGUCUCCAACUCGUUUGCCAAGAGAUCGCAUUUUGGGUUAAUUGGGAAAUUAAAUGGAGGAUUUUUCUUAUAUCUCAGAUGAAAAUUACCUUGAUCCUAAUAAUUCUAGGAAUUUAAGAAAGAUGUAGACUCAAAUAAAUAAGAUGCCUAAAACAUCAAUAUUGAAAAAUUCCAAGUCAUCAUUUGUAGUUGAAAACAUCACUUAGGAUGGCAAAAACCAAUACAAAGAAAAUGAAGAUAAAGCAUCUGAGAAAAUUACUCCUUUUGAUUAUAAGAUAUUUAGAAGAAUUCAGGAAACUUAAGCAGAUCUCGAGGAUGGAAAAUCCAUGAUCAUUAAUUUUAAACAAGGUAACUUCCAUAUCUUAAUAGUAAUAAUAGGUGAAGAUAUUUUGAAGAGAGAUUAAAGCAAAAUGUAAAAAAUGAGAGAGAGGCUUAGGCAGUUGUUUAAUGUGAGUGACGAAGAUCAAGAAUUGACGGAUUAUGAGAGGAGUGAAUUGAUUUCGUAAUACAAUAUAUAAAAUGACACUGAAUAACAGUAACUAGAAGAUAUCUAUUAAGGAAAAGGAAAAUUAAUAGGAAAAGAAAGUCUUAUACAGCACAUUAUGCAUUCAAGCUAAUAUAAUGUUAUUACAGCAGAAGAUGAAUAGCUAUAAGGCAAUUAAAAGUAGUUAUUGUCAGGGGAGAAACUAAAAUAUAAAAUGCAGAAUACUAAGUAAGAAAAGCAUGCAUUAAUUUAGUAAAAGAAACCAAAUUUAAUCGAUGAGUAAUAAUAUUUAAAUGAGCACAUAACAGAUGAAUUCAAGCAACUUAAAGAUAGAUAUUUCGAACAUCCUUAGAGACACUUUAACGAUUAGGUAUUUGAAUAGUACAAAAAUGAGAUUUUGAAUAAAAAAUCAGAGGAAAAUACAGAUAAAACUCAAAAAACAUUAACUGAUUAGGAUAAUAUUCCAAGGAAAUUAAACAUUCUUGAGUAAGAUCCACUAUCAAAAAAAUAUAAGGAAUUCUUAAAAUAAAGACAAAAUUAAAUUCAAGAAACUAGCCAAUAAAAGCAAUAAAGCAAUGUUAAAGGCAAUCAUAAUGAUCAUAGGUAAAAAAAGAAGUAAAAGAAAAAAGAUCGAAAGUUGAGGGAAGUAAUAGAUAAGGAAUUCAAAAGACAAUAGGAUUAGCCUAAUCACAUUAUCAAAAAGAGGAUUGUGACAAGAGAAGUUUCUGAUAAUAUGAUAGUAAACGAGAGAGAAAUCAAAAUGAUAGAAUAAUUAGAUGAGGUAAAAUAGCUAUAAGCACUAGACAUUGAGCUCAGAGAUGAUAUUUUUAAUUGA